AUGGCCGACGUGGCUGCGCUGGCCAGGCUGAGAGGGGCUGGCACGUGGGCGACCCCGCUCAAUUGGACGCCAUUGGCCAAGCUGCUCGGACCGAGGUCGGUGGACGACGCCGAGUGGACGAUCAGCCACCAGCGGGCUCUUCGAAGCUUACUCGGAGGAUCCCAUUGGACGCAGGCCCGGCUUUGCGACGAGGGCAAGACGGGCAGCGACCUGUGCAUCGUGUGCCGCGCGGAGCGGGGCACACUCUGGCACCGCUGCUUCGCUUGCGACGGCCACGCGGUGCGCAGAAGGGACCGGUGCCCGCCAGAGCUGCUGGCCGCCGCGCGCCUGGUGCGCGAGCGCGGAGAGGCGGCGGGUGAGCUGUUUGCCCGAGGUCUCGUGCCCUGUGCGCAGCAAUGCUUCUCGAGGUCGGAGGCUCUAGAGGCCCACCACCUUGUGUGGCACACGCGGCCCGAGGGAGGCUUCUUCUCGGGUGAUGUCUUCGUCGACAGGAGCGCCUUCGACGUGGAGGACGACUCCCUGACACGAGCAGGGUGGGCCAUCGUGGCCUUCAACGACGACCGGGAGAUCACGGGCGCGGCCCACGGCGUGGUGCCGUUGAUGCAGGUACCGCUGCAGGAGGCGCGCGACGGCGAGGAUUACGCGUUCAAGAUGCUGGCGCAGAUCGGGCAGGGCCCUCUCAGGGUCCACUGCGAUUGCAAGGGCACGGUGAGGUGUGCACGCGACCGGGCCUUCGCCAUGCGCGAGGCCAACGUGCGGCGGCACCUCUGGUCAACGUGGUGGUCCGAGACGGGCGACCAGGAGGUGGAGGUUGUGAAGAUCAAGGUUCGCCACGCCCCUGCAGCGCCAUGGAAGCUGAGGGGCCACAGCAUUUUGGCAAGGCCGUGCGACGACGAGGAUACAGUGCUCUUCUGCAUGCAGUGCGGUGCCAACGCGCAGGUGCCGCGGAAAGGCCGUGGCAGCCUGCUGGGUCCGUGCCACGGCUCCGAGGCCGCUGGACUAGCAGAGGCGCGCUGGCGGCUGCGAGGCGGCCUGCACCCGCACCCCUGGAGGCAGAGACAGAAGCUCGGGCAGCCUCGAGCUCUCACAGCCGCCGAGCGGAGGAUUUGGCGACCAGUGCUGGCGCCCGACGCUGGCGAGGAAGAGCAGGGAACUCCACGGCUCAGCUGGCGGCGCCUCCACAUCUUCGACGUGGCGCGGCUGCACGGGUUCCCCAGCCCAGCGGAGGCAGUGGCUUGGGAGCGCCCGGCGGCGCUAGACAGCGAGGGCUCUGAGAGCGACGGUAUGGCGUGA